UACUCUAUUCUCGUCAGAGGAUAGCUAACAGUCAGCCCGGUGCUACAUCAUAAGCACGUCGGGUACGUAGAUCAUUGUAACGGUAUACAUAGAAGUCACUGAAUCGGAGAUAGAAGAUGGCGAAAAGGACUCGGGGGUGUGAGAAGACGGUAGCUGUGAAGAAAGGUCCAUGGAGUCCUGAGGAGGAUCAAAAGUUGGUAGCUUACAUUCAGAGAUACGGAAUUUGGAAUUGGAGUCAGAUGCCUAAACCAGCUGGUCUGGCUAGGUCCGGGAAGAGUUGUAGACUUCGUUGGGUGAAUUACUUAAGGCCGGAUAUUAAGCGUGGGAACUUCAGCAAAGACGAAGAGGAAACCAUACUCGAGUUGCAUCAAGCAAUAGGAAACCGAUGGUCUGCUAUUGCAGCAAGACUUCCUGGAAGAACAGAUAAUGAGAUUAAGAAUCACUGGAACACCCACAUGAAGAAACGCUUCGAGGCGGCAAUUGAAUCAGUACACGAAGAAGCAAAAGGAUUCGGCGACAAAGAAGCCAGCAAGAACAAGUUAUCUGAAACUGAACAACUGUUUCUUGUUGAUGAAGCUACAAGGGCAUCAUCAUCAAAGAUGGAGACAACUUCUUCAACUUCAGCUUCAUCAAGAUUAUUCUGUCCCGUUUGGGAAUUCGGUGAUCGAAAAGGCCAGAUUGCAGAGCAAAGUAUUUGUGCAUCUGGUGUCACAUUUGGUGACCUUCAAAGUUUGGAUUCUCCGGUGUGGCAGCAAGAGCCUAUAUUUCCAUGUGAUUCCUACAUUAAUCAUGCCACCAGCGAUUACUGGGUCAGUUUAAUCAAUAAAACAGGAUGAAUUAGAUUAAUUAGGAGUGUCUAAACUUUGAAUUAAUGGGAAUUGUAUGCCCUUGGCAUUUGGAUGCUUCAGUAUUAUUGUAAACCGUUUUUUCUUCUGCUCUGUAUAUGUG